CGCAGGGUUUGUCGUCACUUGGCCGGCAUGUUGAUAUGAUAUGAUCGAGAUACAGCUGUUAGAGGCCCGGUAUUUAUCACAAGCGUGAUAUAUAGGCGAAAGUCAAAGUGACAAGGGAAUUGUCUUAUAAUUAUGACUAAGGAGGCAUUGUUGAAUUCUCAGAAAUGGCAAUGGAGAGAGUUUACCGAGCUUUUCUUGCGAAAUACCUCUGCUCCAUCUGAAGCUGCAUUAAAGCAUGUGGACAACUGGCUGGCGGACAAGACCUAUUUGGUCGGAACAGAAGCCACCUCCAUUGACACAGACGUGUUCAAACUUAUCCAUUUGCCACUGUCUCGACUAUCACACCAGGAGCGCGAGGCGUACCCGCACCUGAGCCGCUGGUUCCGACUGGUCCAGAGCAGCGUGCCCCCCGACGACCGGUGUCCUCCGCUGGUCAUCAGCCGCACGCGGCUCUACGCGUGAUGGCCGCACUCGACCGGUUACAGCCAGAUACAGGUCGGGUCGUCUCAGGGUCGACAGCGCCGUGAGGCUGUCGAGCGUCGAGGGAGAGACCGUUGAGCCCUAAUAAUGUUGACCUUUCUCAGUGCGAUGGACCAUCUUUGUUAGGGUUCAAAGAAAUUCGUGUGUGGUGUGUUCAUCGUGCUCAGUGCUGACGUGAAAAGGCGGAUCAUAGGUACUUUUUUAAGAGAAGCGACAUAGAAUGUUUCGAGGAGGUGUCAGGCAAGGGCUAAGAUGCCAGCGUUGGUCUUUUCCGCUUGCUUGACUGUUGAGGAGUUAUGCGUUUGUUUGAUUUUAGGACCAUUUCUCGUGAAACAACCUCAACGAUGGACCCAUUGUCGAUAAUAUCAAUAUUUAAUUCAGUGUAUAUGGUAUAAGGUAACUUGGUUGCUGUGUCCCAAGUGUAACCAUUGGGCAAUUAUGAGAUGUCAUUAGGUCACCAAGACCUGGCAUUUGCAUUUCGCUUCUCCAUGGAACUGUGCUUCAUCUUGAUAUUGAAUAGAAAACACAAUGAGUUUAGGAAUUUUGGGACGUUGCAUCUAGAGAGAAAGAGCCCGAGUAGGGGUGCAGAGGCGUGCCGCUCCAGCCUGAGGUGUGCUGCUCCGCUGCCACCUGGCGUCGCGGUUCGCAAUUAAUAGUUGAUGCUUGUCCGCCUUGCCACGGAAUGUCCAUUCGCUGAAUUUCAUGCGGGUGACGUCAGAUGCAUGUCAGAGUGGAUAAUGCGUGCAUAUUUUCUUCUUGUAUAGUGAACACAGAUGUGCAGAUUUAAAUGGGUGAUUUUCACAGAUUUGAGGGCAUACAAUUCUGGUAAUUACUUAUUUCCCGGUAUCCUGUGCACAAACGGUAGUUAAUUCACUAGUUUCCUCGCCUCAUCCAACCCUAGUUCUUUACGCAUCGCUUGGAAGUUGCAAGUGUUUGAGAGAUUCGCUGAUCCCUCAGUGGCCUGAAUGAUGGGUGGCAUAUAUUCCUUGAAGGCUAAAUACUAAAUAGGAUGGGAGGAAGACAUUAAAUGUGAAUGCCAGCGAAUCGGUCAUUGGCCGUCGCAAGCUAACUCCGUAAGUAGCCCCUAGGUGUCGCCCUGGUCAGUGAUGAUAUGCCACACUCCUAGAAGCCAAGGUUGGACAGCUCACCGCCAGAUGCCACUACAGUGACGCUUUCAGCGCCUGCCGACAGAGGUCGGGCCGGUCGCCAGGUGUGCUCGCCGGCGCCGGCUCCGCCCAGCUCUGCCGGUCAGUUCCCGACCAGUCGGCAGCUCUGAGGCGCGUGUCCGCUACCCUCACCACACACCUCAACCAUGAACUCUGUGCUCUCGACGCUGGGGUUCGGCACGCGCUACUGUGUGGUCAGUGACGACCACGAGCGGCCCGAGGUGUACUCGGACGACCACUCCCGGGCGCCCCAGUCGGCCAUCGAGCGGCUCACCGACUUCGACACCCUCUACGACAAGUUCUCGUCGGGAUCGGCGCGGGUCGGCCGAGCGACGGAGGAGGAGUCACCGCGGGUCCGACGGAGACAGGACGCCUCCUCGCCCGGGCAGACGGUCCUGGCCCUGUUCGACCGGCUCGCCCAGCGCCACAGCCGGACAGAGAUCAGCUCCUUCGACCGGCAGUUCCCGCUCAGCGGACGACCGGAGCCGUCAGGGGCCCGUCUGGCGGAGAGCCGGCCCUCUGAGUCGCCCCGCGCCUGGGUUCCGUUCGACAGGUCGGCCGAGGCGGCUCGGGACUGGCACCUGCCGCGCGUCUCCAGCCCCAGUCCCAGCCCCAGCGUGGGUUCCAGCUCCAGCGCCAGCUCCGGGCCCGGUCAGAGCUCCAGCUCCGCAGCCGAGGUCGGCUGUCCACACGAGGGGCUGCUGAUCGACCUCAGCGAGUGAAGGAGUGUCGGAGGAGAGACAGACUUAGUGAGACACAAUGUGAGACUUUGUGAGACACAGCGUGAGGCUACAGACUCUGAGACAGCUGACUCAGUGAGAACUGAACUCAGACAGUGUGAGCAAUAGAGAAUCGCAAUGAGACUCGUCUCUGAGACCUCAGAGACACAGUGAUUCCAUGUGAGACAGUCUGAGGCAGGAUCUGAGACACUGACCGAGUCUGAGGCACCUCCGAUCGAUGAGACUCCCACCAGACUCGCCGUCCAGUGUCCGUGCGUCCGCACCCAGAUCACCACCACACAGUAUGACCGCGGUCCCGAUCAGGAGCCGGUCCUGACAUCACCUCUACCCGCGAUGGAAACGCCCGAUCGGUAAUCUGCCCACCACAUCAACUGAGCUCAACUCACCGGUCGACUCGCCGGGCGGCUCGCGAGUCAUGACUCACGACUCAUACCGGAGAGGCGAGUCGACUCCGCUGUCUGCCGUCACGACAGGGUAUUGUGGCGGCUGUAUAGACCAACAGCGGCGUCCCCAGACGCCUAACAGGCAGUUCGAUGCCGGCCCGGGCCGUGGCCUUGCCAACACCUGUGAGGCGUUAUCGAAGUCUCCAAACGGUUCUCAAGACAAUAAAACUAUCCUCCACAGCUGGCGACCGACGGCGAGAGACGGGCAGUGAAAGGAAAAUCUAAAAACUGCAGCCGUGGCGCAACGCGAGACCGGCGCUCAUGCGAACAUUCUGCAGCGCCCGUCAAUUUCUGGACGCGUAUUUCCCUCGAGGGGUGCGCGGUGUGGGAAAGACGUGGGAACUCUGUGACCGAGCUUCGCUGUAAAGACGAGGUAACUGGCAGUUUUCCUGUUCUGAGAGCGGCGUGUGCACGUGCAGUGCUCGCCGGCGUUCCUCUGUGAUGUCGGGCCGUCCCCGGUGUGCUGCUAUAGAUUAUGCGAUAGGAGCCAUGUACCCGCCCCUGUUCAAUGUCGCAAUGUCUGCUGGCGUCGUGAGCUUCUUUGAAUGUCGGGGCGUCGUCAUAGACUUGGAGAGACAAACCUACGAUCUAGAACGAAUUAUGUCGCGUGUUGCAUGCGAUGUUGUGAUGAAAUCGCACUCUGCAUCUAUCAUUUUCCAUAUUUGUUUCGUAUUUAUGAUUUGACUAUUUACCAUCCCUUUUUCGUAUAUAUUUUUCCUGAAGCGAUGUAUGAAGCUGGCCCCUAGGUAUCCGCUGCAAGCUUGCAGUGGCUGCAGUCUGGCAAUGCCGACUCCGCGACGCCGGAGCUGUCAUGGUGACUAGUCAUUACCUUUAAGCUCCUUUUGUGGGGAUUGGGAUGCAGCUUGCAGUCGCGACAACCCGCACCCGUGUCUCCCAGCCACAGUCGCGGGACAGUUUCGCGGAAAAUCUGCACCUCUACCCAUCUGCCAUUCCUGCCACGCCGCCUGUGUAUGGAUGAGAUGGUAAUUCUGUCCUGAGUCAGCGGUACCGCGGCGUGUAUUGUCACGUUCUGUGCCGAUGUCUGAACUGUUCUGGAGCGUUCCUUACCCUAUCCGACGAUCGACUGACGUCUUGUGCCGCACCUACAUCUAUUCGCUCUUGAUGAUUUGGCGCGUCAGCGCUCUUUAAACUGACGUGACCUGCUCUGAUGCAUUAUGUAUCCAGGAUUCGGUGAACGCAAACGAUGUGAUAAUUUCGGCGAAGCAUAACUUGACGCCGAUGUCUGGCCGCUGUAUGACGUUCGCUCUUACUGGAGUGAAUUCUAACUGACUCCGGCUGCUAUCUCGUAAUUCGCAAGGUCCUGAUGCACACAACGUCAGCUGCGCACGCGAUGUUUUCAAAUAUGUGGAGGCCUCGCUGUUCGCUGUUGAACGCUUUCAGUUUCGACUUGUGAUCUGAAAAAGACGUCGACUCUAGACAGGGUUAGGUCACACAGAUAACUGCCCUGUAUACGGCAAGCCUGUGAAACUGGCUAGUUUCUGGCCAUGUAGGUGGACCAGAAACUUCAGUGGACACACAACAGUGGCUUAUGAUUCCAGUUCACAUAAAGUGGACAGUGUCCUUUCUCAGUGGAUGCGAGCGAUGUCCGUGAGUCGGCUCUCCUGACGGCCAGGCCAGUGCAUCACUACUUCCCAUGUGUUUCGCAAACGUUCAUUGUCGUGCACUUGCGCUCUUUCAAGUGCAUGUGGCAGGGAAGUACUUCCUGUUGCGUCAUGUAACGAUGUGUUUGGACAUAUUUGUCGAGUGCUCUUGUGUGGCGAUCUCUUGUUGCCUACGUCGAGUCAACUACUGAUUCGGCGUAGGUCCAUGAGUUGUCCCGGUGAGAUGUCGCGUUAUCUUCUAUUACGUGACUGCCGUUCCGUCGCACACAACCCCGAUGCUCCUCUGGUCUAUCGCACGUCGAUCGUUUCAUUAGAUGUCCGUUGAUGUUCCGCGUGCAUGUGUCAUACACGCCGAUAAUGCUUAGUGUGCUUGAGCGGUGUGGGAAGAAAUACACGGUGGUAUAUUUA